AGUUCCGACGUGACACGCGCUGGAUCGUGAGUGAGGAGCGGAGGCGGAUCACAUGAAGUGCCACGCCAGGUCCUCUAGGCUAAGAUAUAUUUGUGGAAGCAUGAUCAGGAAAAUCAGCUCACCCUGGAAGGUCAUCAGCUUGAUCUCUGUUCUAUCGGCGCUGGUGACCUUGUCCACUCUCAGAGGCGCCUCCCUCAGGCACUGGGAGAAGAGCGACCUCCUCCGGGCGCCCUUCUUCCAAGACGACCACCACGACGACCCAGACGACGACUUUUACACGGACAGUUCCGGAGGCUCUGCGGAAGACGACGACUACUGGGAAGGAAUCGAAGAAAAAGAAGAAGAAGAAGAAACAGUGGAAGAACGAAGAGACGAGGAAGAAUCGGUCGACGAAGGGACAACGAAAGGGGAAGAAGAAGUAAAGGAAGGAGAGAAGACGACGAAGGACGAAACAAAGGAGACAAAGGAGAAACAGAAAGUCGUCUUACUCUGGACCGGCUGGCGAAGUGGAUCAACUUUCUUGGGAGAGUUACUCAAGAGGGUUUCCAAGAAGACAUUUUACAGCUACGAGCCCCUGCACAUGUUCCGCGUCCGGGUCUUCGACAAAGGACCUGAGGACGACCCCCUCCUCCUCCUGCCCCCCGUGGUCCUCCUCCGAGACCUCCUGCAGUGCAACUUCGAGGCCCACCCGAACGUCGUGAAGUACCAGAAGAACAAGGUGUGGUACGCGAGGGCCAACACGUACCUCGGCACCGUCUGCAAGAGGGGACAGUACCUCGGGCAGAGAGCAGACUGCGGUAAUCCGGGAUUCGUGAGCGAGGUGUGUCGAUCCGCGAGCGUGCAUUUGAUUAAGGUCCUCCGCCUGAGCCUCCGCUGGGCCCGGACGCUGCUGGAGGACAAGGACCUCGAUUUCCAGAUCCUUUACCUGGUUCGCGAUCCUCGGGCUGUCUUGAGUUCCCGAAAACGAGUGGGUUGGUGCCAGUCCCCGACCUGCAGGGAUCCGAACGUCACUUGCUCUCUCCUGGCUGGGGACUUGGCGGAGGUACCUGUGCUUCAGAAGGAAUUUCCAGAUAAAUUCAAGUUCCUGCACUACGACGAGAUCUGCCAGGACAUGACCUCGAGCCUGACGGACAUCAUGGCCUUCCUCGGCCUCCCCGUGCAGCAGAAGCAGACCGAACUCCUGCAGGCCGAGAAGACCUCCCAGGACAAAUACUCGGUGUACAAGAACAGCCUCCUUCAGGCACAGCUCUGGCGCAGUCGCACGUCCUACCGGGAGAUCGUGGAGCCCGUCCAGAGGUCCUGCAGAGCCUCGCUGGAGAAGCUGGGGCUCAGGACCUUCCCGACGGAGGGGGAGUUCCUCGAUCUCAGUGUCCCCGCGCUCGAGAGGCCGUCGGGGCUGUAGGACGUUUGUGUGCGUGUGUGUGUGUGUGCGUGUUUG